GCCUAAUGUCGUCGUCUAUUGCACAUGCGGAUUGGUGAUCGUCCAAACAGGCCUCCUCGCACACUAUGUAAACGGGCGAGUUCCCAUCCAGCUGCUUGCUGGUCUGGCUAUUUCGGUGUUUCUGCUUCUGGCCCCCUUCUGCAUCAACAACCUUUAUUGCACUGCUUACCUACUCCCGCCGAACGCCCUUCCCGACUGCUGUCCUCCGCGCUUGAUGUCGUAUCUCAUUUAACCUUGAUUCCCCCAGGCCCCCCAAGCCCCUCUAGACCGAGUCCCUGGGAUCUCCCCGGAUUUGAACGGUGUUUCCAGAAUCCCUUCCCUCCCCCUUCCCCUCCUCCUCCCACUUCCCCCUCCCUGCGUACGAUGGCAGCGGCAGUCGACGUGCGAACAACAUCGAGUGUCCCUCACACGGGGGCAGACCGCCCGAGCAGUACCAGCCGCUUCCUCGCCUUCCGCUCCUCUCGUCACCAGCAGCUCCCCCGCGAUCCCGGGUCUCCCAACUCCACCUCGACGAGCUCCUCCAUCUCCUCCGUCGCAUCAGCGCCGACAUCAUCGCCAACAGCGACAUCAGCAACCCAACUCCCCUCCCCCUCGUCCUCGCCCCCGAGCACGAGCACCGCCAAGUCCGGCCACUGGUCCGAGUCGCGCCUGAGCAUGCCGUUCAGGAAGAUGGCCCGCCACUUUGGCGACACUCUCUCCCCGCAGCAACCCUACCUGUCGUAUCACGAUAUCCUCCUCACCUACGAGGAUAUCAAGGCGCUCAAAAAUGACUGGCUAACAGACAACAACAUUGCCUUUUGGGAAGAAUGGCUGGAGCGUGAAAUCCUUCCCAAGUACCCGCAAGCCCGUAUCUGCCUUCUGCGGCCAUCGAUGACCUUCCUCCUCAUGAAAGAACCCGACAUGCGCCAGAUCCGCUCGGCCCUCCCCGACUUCUCCAAAACGACGCACAUCUUCCUGCCCAUUAACGAUGCCCGCAAUGUGGCCCAGGCUGAGGGCGGCUCUCACUGGUCCCUGUUGCUCGUCAGCGCCAUCGACGGCGUCGCUUUUCACUACGACUCACUCGGUGGCGCAAACUAUUCGGAGGGCCGCCUGGCGACCCAAAAGAUGUCCGAGAUCCUCGGUCGCCCGCUCCGGUACCUUAACUUGGAAGACUCCCCGCAGCAGGAGAACGGUAGCGACUGUGGCGUCUUUGUUUGCAUCCUCAUGCGCCAUCUCCUCAUCAAGCGCCUGCUUAGCGCAAACGCCCGCGAAAAGGUCAGCAUGAGCAUGGCCAACAAGCUUAUCGACAGCCACGGCGGACGGAAAGAGAUGCUCAAGAUAAUCGAGAGCUUACGGAAGGAGGGCGAGAGGAGGAGAUCGUAA